UCUCUCUUGUCACUUACAGUGAAAUGUCACAGUCAUACACGGAUAUGAAGAAACACACCGACGUCAGUGACUCAUUCUGGAGUUUUGGAAAAGAGCAGGACUUCAAGCCUCACAUUAGACACGUUGAGCCUGUUCUUACUGAAUGUGAUCUUGACUGGAAAUCCCAUUUGCGCUGGAUACCUGAACCUCGAUACAGUGAUGCCCCAUUUCCACACAUCAAAGAUAUAAAGUUUCCAGAUGAAAGGAAACUGAUGAGAUCCUUCCCACAGGCUAAUAUGAUGUCAGAGUCCGAGUGGAGCUUUUAUCCAAACUUUGGACAGCCCAAGACCUAUCACACUGGAAAGAAAUGUUAUAUGGAUGGCAUUAAUCAUACGAGAAGCAUGAGAUGCAUUUCAGAAAAUUCCCUGGAAUCAUCCAUGGGGAGGAAAAAGCAGGACAAAUGCAGCAUCCCAUUAACAAAGGUCAGGCCAUUUCUAGUUCCUGAGUACAGCCCUGACUUUCACAAAUAUGAAUCAACACUACGCAGGACCACUUUUGGGUCUGGGUCUUUUGCCACAUUCAAAUCAUUUUUACACCUAAAGCCCCAACCAAAAGACAUCAGUCCACCGUAUGCAGAGAAACAUAAAAGUCGUCUGCGAGAGGAGGACAUUCUUGAAGUCCAGAGUUUGAGCAGUUGGAGGCCAGCACCAGACAUCUAUGACAGGACAGUUUUACAGGACACCUCAUUUGUAAGGUGUUGAAAUCAUGCUUACGUAUUUUUAGAACAAACAAAAUGCAUUUUCUUUCCUUUAACACCACCUCAUGGCUUUCCAUCGAGACAUUGUUCAGCACCAGCUUCACAUUGGAAAGGACUGAAGCAUUAUUUGCCCUAUUAGUUAGGGCUCCAUCAAAUAGAUUGUCCUUAAUUCCCUGUCAAAUGAAUUAAGAUCUUGGCCCAGCAUUUAAUCGCAGGAUAAAAUAGGGAGCAGUAGUUGUGUUGGCAAGUAGUUAA